AUGGCUGAUCUCAACUCGUGGGAAGACGACCCUGCCGCUCAGGAUGACAACCUGUCAAGACAGGCUCAGCAGAUGAACCUGAAUAACCAACAGCAGCAGCAGGGUGGACAUGCGCAAACUUUCCAGCCCGGAGCUGGCUCAUUCCAACCGGGAGCUGCCUCGUUUCAACCUGGAGCCCAGGCCUUCCAGCCCGGCCAAGCCUAUGGCGGCGGGUACGGAAAUCAGUACCAGCAGGGCUAUUACGGUGGCCAAAACUACUAUCCGCAGUACGGAGGUGCGCAAGGACAAGGUCAAGGACAAGGCGGCUAUGAGCAGCAGUACGGCCAGGGCUAUGGAGGAGUCUACGGACAACAGGGCGGGAACACCUACUACGGCCAACAGUAUGCGCAGUACCAGCAGCAACCCCAGUCACAGCAGCAGCCACGGCAACAAGCUCAACAAGCACAACCUCAGGCAGUUCCAACCAUCGCCAAACGUCCCGAUGACAACGCUGCUGCCCCAGCGGCUUCCGACUUGAACAAGCCUGUAGCGACUAAGGAGGGAGGCACGAAGGUCCUGAGCAUAGGAGGAGAUCCGCCAAAACCCAAGGCCGCCAAAGUUAUGUCUAUCGGUGUUCCAGCAGCGCCGAAGGAUGAGCCAACGAAGGAAACGGCAGACAAGGAAGCAUCCGGCGAUAAUGGGACCAAGGUGACCGCAGCGAAGGCUAUCGAGAAGACCGGCGAGACCACCAAGGCGAAGAGUUCCAGUGGAAAGACGUCGCCCACGCCAUCGUCUGGGCGGUCCAGCCCUUCGAGAGGCGCGAAAGCUGCCGCACGGGACGCUGAUGCGGUUGCUAGCGAGCAGGCUGCCGACGUAGACGAGGACACCUUGAAAGAGAUAUACGGCAAGGAGCAUGUCAACAUCAUUUUCAUCGGUCACGUUGAUGCUGGCAAGAGUACGCUGGGCGGUUCCAUUCUGUACGCGACAGGUAUGGUAGACCCGCGGACGAUGGAGAAGUACAAAAAGGAAGCGAAGGAUCUGGGCCGAGAGACUUGGUAUCUGUCCUGGGCUUUGGAUUUGACCAAGGAGGAGCGGUCAAAGGGCAAGACAGUCGAAGUCGGCAGAGGUUUUUUUGAAACCGAGACACGUCGAUACAGUAUUCUCGAUGCUCCAGGCCACAAGACGUAUGUGCCAAGUAUGAUCGGUGGUGCCUCCCAAGCAGAUGUCGGCAUUCUGGUCAUCAGUGCGCGCAAGGGAGAAUACGAGACGGGGUUCGAGAAAGGCGGCCAGACACGCGAGCAUGCGAUGCUUGCCAAAACUCAAGGUGUCAACAAGUUGGUCGUGGCUAUCAACAAGAUGGACGACCCCACCGUCAACUGGUCGGAGGACAGGUACAAGGAGUGCACAACGAAAUUGGCGCAAUUCCUGAAGGGAACCGGGUACAACCUGAAGACGGAUGUGUUCUUCAUGCCCAUUGCUGCACAGCAGACGAUGGGUAUCAAGGACCGUAUCCCGCAAGGCACUUGCCCUUGGUAUGAUGGGCCAUCUCUCCUCGAAUACCUCGACAACAUGAAAGCAUUGGAGAGAAAGACCAAUGCCCCGUUCAUGAUGGCAAUCAGCGGCAAGUACAGGGAUAUGGGUACCAUGGUCGAGGGCAAGAUCGAAGCAGGUGUUUGCAAGAAGGGUAUGUCGGUGAUCAUGAUGCCGAACAAGGAAAAGGUCGAUAUUGCGGCCAUCUAUGGCGAAACCGAGGAGGAAAUCCAGAUUGCCCAAUGUGGUGACCAGGUUCGAAUGCGUCUUCGGGGCAUUGAGGAAGAUGACAUCUCGCCCGGUUUUGUCCUCUGCUCGCCCAAGCGUCUGGUACACAACGUAUCAGCUUUCGAGGCGCAGAUCCGAAUCUUGGAACUGAAGAGCAUCCUCAGUGCCGGCUUCAAUUGUGUCAUUCAUGUUCACUCGGCCGUCGAAGAAGUGACGUUUGCCUCUUUACUACACAAGCUGCAGAAGGGCACUGGCAGAAAGAGCAAGGCGCCGCCGACGCACGCGAAGAAGGGUGAUAGCAUCAUUGCCCGCAUGGAGCUCCAAGGUGCCUCGGUCUGUGUAGAAACGUUUGAGGAUUACCCGCAAAUGGGGCGCUUCACCUUGCGCGACCAGGGACAAACCAUUGCCAUCGGCAAGAUUACCAAGCUCAUCACAGAGGAUAGCGCCUAG